AUGAGCCCGGGCGUGAGCAGCAGCAAGGAGGCGGCAGAUGAGGAACGGGCGCUGCAGAUGAGCCCGGGCGUGAGCAGCAGCAAGGAGGCGGCAGGAGCGAGAUAUGGAGACGACUGCAGCGCGCUCAGCAGCAGCAGCAGCAGCAGCAGCAGCACAGGCACAACCCCAUCUCAGCUUACCCCGCCUGUGUAA